AGUACUACACACAACUGGAGAAGGACGCGGGGCGCUCCUCAGUCUGGAAGAACAACAGGGGAAAAAAAGAAGAAAAAAAACCCUGGAUGGCUUGAUAGAAGAUUGGGAGUGCGCUAUUUAAAGAAGAGAAAAACGCCAGGAAGGGAGCUCACCGUAACUUGGACGCUUGAAAAUCUCCAUUGAAGGUCUGAAAGUCUCCCUGCCUCGCAGACAAGAUGAGCUGGAGCUUCCUCACGCGUUUGCUGGACGAGAUCUCCAACCACUCGACCUUUGUGGGCAAGAUCUGGCUCACGCUCCUCAUUGUUUUCCGGAUUGUGCUGACGGCGGUCGGGGGCGAGUCGAUCUACUAUGAUGAACAGAGCAAAUUUGUCUGCAACACACAGCAACCCGGUUGCGAGAAUGUGUGCUACGACGCGUUUGCGCCGCUCUCGCACAUUCGUUUCUGGGUGUUUCAGGUGAUCAUGAUCACCACGCCCACCAUCCUGUACCUCGGGUUCGCCAUGCACAAGAUUGCCCGCAUGGAGGAUGAAGACUACAGGCCCCGGAGCAGGAAGAGGAUGCCCAUAGUGAGCCGCGGCGCCAACCGGGACUAUGAAGAAGCGGAGGACAACGGAGAGGAGGACCCCAUGAUCCUGGAGGAGAUCGAGCCGGACAAGGAGAAGGACGUGGUUGAGAAGCCCAGCAAAAAGCACGACGGACGCCGUCGCAUCAAGAGAGACGGGCUGAUGAAGGUCUACGUUUGUCAUCUGCUGUCCCGUGCCAUCUUCGAGGCCUCGUUCCUGUUUGGACAGUACGUCCUGUACGGGCUGGAGGUGGCGCCGUCGUACGUCUGCACGCGCUCUCCCUGCCCGCACACCGUGGACUGCUUCAUCUCUCGCCCGACGGAGAAAACCAUCUUCCUGCUCAUCAUGUAUGCCGUCAGCGCCAUGUGUCUGCUGUUCACCGUGCUGGAGAUCCUUCACCUGGGCGUCAGCGGCAUCCGCGACUGCUUCUGCAGGCCGAGGUCUCGGCCUCCCACCCCUCGUCACCCAGCUCUGGCCAGCCAAAGGUCCUCCAUCUCCCGCCAGCCGUCGGCGCCUCCAGGCUACCACACCGCCCUGAAGAAGGACCCUUCGGGCAAACUGGGCUUCAGGGACAACCUGGCGGACUCGGGCCGGGAGUCCUUUGGGGACGAGGCGUCGUCGCGGGAGCUCGAGAGGCUGCGCAGGCACCUGAAACUAGCCCAGCAACACCUGGAUCUAGCUUACCAGAACGGGGAGAGCAGCCCGUCACGCAGCAGCAGCCCGGAGUCCAACGGCACGGCGGUGGAGCAGAACCGACUAAACUUCGCCCAGGAGAAGCAGAGCAGCACCUGUGAUAAAAGUCUCCGUGCAUAGGUCCUCUCCAGCGGAUCGGCUGACACGAGGAAGGGAACAGGGCAGAGGAGUGUGAACGUGUGACAUUAUGAAUCGGCUUGAGGUGGAAUGAAGUCGGCCCCAAGCCUUGCAGUGUUAUUGCCUGACUGCGGUCCAUCAUCAAGUCCUACGAUGACGGGACGUCUCAGUCCAGCAGUACUUGAGACACCAGCCUGUCUGAAGAGCCAAAGUGCUUACAAACUGCCUUCGUGCAAAAAGAACAAUUAAGGUGAACAUGUCCUUUUUCCUCAGGGCAGCUAUUUUCUUUUUUUAAUUUCUUUUAUGAAACUUAGAGCUGUUAGUCAUUUUUAAAAGUUUGUUGUUGGAUGUUCAGUGAGUGCAUCUCAUGCUUGCCUUAGAAUUAAACUGGAACUCCCGUUUUAUGGCAUUUUGGUGAGGUGAGGUCAAGCCAGUUGUGCAAAAAAAGAAAAGCUUAAAACUGUAAGACUUUUUUUUUUGUUUUUGUGGGUGAGCGAGCGAGCGAGUGCUUAAGGAUGCAAGUCAAAGGUUAACAGACAGGGCACCACUCAUCUUAAAAGGUACUGGAGGUAUUGUCAUGCUGAUGAAGACAUUUUGAAGAGCUGAUUUUUCAUACAGAGGUGUGGACUUUUCGGGGUCGAUGUUGACACUGCACCGGUCGACAUUCUCGAGUCUGGUACCUGGAUUGUAACUGGACCACACUUGGGGUGCCUUUGUCCAAAGGAAUAAACAAACCUGGGUAAUGCUUGAAGAUAAAGUAAAAUCAUGUAUUUCUUGAUAUUGUCUUGUAUGGUUUCACACAUUUGAUACUGUUUAUUUUUGUAUUUUAUGUAUUGUGGUGUUGACAAAAGCCUUUGUCACUGUGGCAAACAUGCUAAAUUUGAAAA